CACACACACACACACACACACACACACACACACACACACACACACACACACCUGCAAUUGUAUACCUGACCUGGCCCGGCUGUCUGCAGGCUGUAAUGAGCAGCAGAGCAGAGAGUCUCCACCUUCACCUUCAAGCCCCGACACACACACACACACGCAACAAAACAAAAUCUUUUUUCUCACUGUGGCCGUCGGCAGCAGUGCUUGUGGCGAUGGUGGAGGGGAAACCGUAUCGCUACGGGCUGAUAGUGGCCGGCCUGUGUGUGGCGGCCGUCGGCCUCUUCAUCAUGACCCGGGAGCGGCCGCACGUCUACGCCACAAUGUGCGUCCUGGGCGUCACCAUGGUGUGUGUCGGGACCGUGUGGAGCCUGUGCCAGUGUUAUCCCAAGGUCGUUUUGGCUGCUCAAAUUCAGGAGAGAAGUCUAGAGGAUCUAGUGUGUACUUCAGCCGGAGCAAACGACGAAAGGCAUCCUGACGCUGUGCCACUUUUCUGCGAGCAAAAGUCGAAUAGCAGCAGACUUCUCCCCGACGCCCAGAUGAGCCAGUGUCACAGCAGCUGUCCCACACUGCAGCUGGUCUGAGGCGUUGCAGGCUACCACACCGACGAGAGGAGGCUCCUCUGUUUCAACACGUCUUUAUAACCUGGGACUGAAUGACAACAUCACUCACACUGUGUGCUCUUUGAAUUUGUACAUAUAAGGGAAGUAAGUGAUUCUACGGGGGGGGGCGCAAUAUUGUAGCAAUUUCAUGUGUGUGUGUGUCUGUGUGCGUGCGUGUCGUUUUGUGUAACUUACUCAAUCCGGGUGUGUGUGUGUGUGUGUAAAAGUAUCUGCAAAUGCGAGCUGAGAUUUGCGAAUCCGUUCAGGAAUGUGCAAAUGUGUAUUCAGAAUUCAGCCCCACGUGAUUCUAUAUCAUCCGAUUUGCACCGCUUUGUGUCAUCGUGGAGUGCUUAAAGAUUCCAAUAAGGAAUUUUAAGACUCAAGAAUUCUCUGCUUUGCAUAAUAAUUUGUAAUGUAUGGUAUUUUGAGGCCCUGUGAUGGACUGGCCACCUGUCUGGGGUGUACCCCGCCUCUCGCCCAAUGUCAGCUGGGAUUGGCUCCAGUUUCACGUGACCCUCAGAUUACAAGCGGUUUAGAUAAUGGAUGGAUGGAUUGUAUUUUGACAAUUAAAUACUUAUGAAUCAUUAAAAGUAUCAAUGCUCA